AUGCUGCCUCUUCUCCUUCUCGCCGUCCUUCCCCUCUUGGUUUGCUCUCAAGUACGCGCUGCUUCCUUCACUCCUGCUAGCAUCCCUCUUGCAGUCCGCUCCCCCUAUGUCAACGCCUGGCAGAUCUCGACGAAUGGAUCAGCACCACUCUCCAAUUCGUGGGCCAACUUCUGGUCUCAAACGGUUCCGGACCUGGGCUGGAGAGGCAAGAUUCGAAUUGACGGGACGGUGUACAACUGGAUGGGCGGUGACCUCAUCCCACCUACGGCAAACAUCACCGCUGUGCAAGUCACCCCAACAAGAAGUAUCUACUCCAUGCAGGUGGGCCCGAUGACCCUCACAAUCACUUUCCUAUCCCCUCUCGAGCCCUCCGACUGGGUUAAGCAGUCCAUUCCUCUGUCAUACGUUGCCUUGGAGGCGACCGCGAACGACAACGCGGUCCACACCGUGCAAGUAUACAGCGAUAUCACAGCCGUCCAAUGGCUGUCGCCCAACCUGACCAGCCCUGUGAACUGGACCUCGGUGACCACGAGCAGCAGCAUCUACCACGAA